UUCAUGCGACUUCACUCAUACGUUUACGUACUUUUUAUCUCUCUCUUCUCUUCUCUAUUCUAGUCAAAUCCCUCUCACUCCACGGCGACGACUUCUUCAUUUCCCCUCAGAUGCGCCAAAACUCAUCUCCGAUCAAAUUCAUGGCGGCUACCACCAUAACAGACCCACUAGUCAAACGGAAAACCAAAGUCUGUUUCUCCAUUGCCGCCUAUUCCAAAGACCUCAUCGCCAAUCUCCACCACCAUUCCAACGUUCCCAUCGACCAAGGUCUCACCCAACAAGAGCUCUCCGCCAUUGAAGCCUCAUUCAAUUUCGCAUUCCCGCCUGACCUUCGUUCCAUUCUCCGGGAAGGCCUUCCAGUAGGCCAAGGAUUUCCCAACUGGCGAUCGUCUUCCUCCCAACAACUCGAUAUCUUGAUUAAUCUCCCAAUCUUGGGAGUUCUUAAGGAGGUCCACCGCCGAAAAUUCUGGGAUAGCCGAUGGGGUAAUCGGCCGGAGAAAGAUGAUGAUGCUGUUCAAUUGGCUAAACAGUUCUUGAAAUAUGUCCCGGUUCUUGUUCCGGUUUACCGGAACUGUUAUAUCCCGACGAUCCCCUGUGUGGCAGGGAAUCCAAUCUUUUACGUGAACGGUUUGGAUGUUAGGUUGUGGAGUUACGACGUCGUUGGGUUCUUUCAGCAGACUGAGUUCAAAGGAGGGGUGCUGAGGCCGAGGAGCUUGGGUCAUUUUUUAAGUGUGCCGUUAUGGGCGGCUACGGAGUCUAGAACGAUAGAAUUUUGGACGGAGUUAACUGAUCUCCGCCGUGUUACUCCGGUGAAUGGUGGCGAAACGGAAAAGAGGUGGUGGGGAGGGAAUGAGUUGCGGCGGUUUUUGGAGGAUGUUCGGUUGAAGUUAAGAAACGGAGGGUGGAAAGAGGAGGAUGUAGAUGAAAUGAUGAUGGUGAUGGAAAUGAACGGCGGAGAUGAGAAAUCAUCAUCUUCAUCUUCAUCGCCGGCGCCGUCACCGUCGUCGUGGUCAUCAUCGUCUGAUGAUGAGAGCGGCCCCGGCGGUGUAAAUUACGUUAGGAUGUUGUCGGGGAUGUUAUUACGUGCGGGGUGGAGCAGGGGUGAUGUGAUGGAGUCGCUUGGUUGUUUGACUAUAGAGGAAGAUCGAACGGUUGAGAUUGAAAACGAGUGUGGUGGUGGGGAUUCUUUGUUUGACUUUGAGUACAACAAUUACAGUUGUGUUAGAGAGGGUCAAAGCCGGUGUUGAAAAGGCAUUACUCAUACUAUUGCAUUUGCUGACAAUUUCAUUCUAUUUAGAUGUAGAAAUAUACUUGUAAUAAGUGCAUUAACAGUAGUACCACACCAUCAUCAAUUUUUGUUCAUUUCUAUAAGAGACACUCCUCAGUAUUCAACAACAUUUGUGUUUGUUGCUUUCAUCUAAAUGAUUAUAUCUUUAUAGUCUCUUCCUACAGAAGUUUGUAAGGUGAAUAAUUUUUCAAAAUGAUAGAAUGUUCAAUGUUGUUGAAAACUAGUAAAAAGGUAU